UGUGCUCGACUGUGCUACACUGAACACGACCACAGGAACUCUCGGACUAUGAAACUUCUAGUGUUGACGGCGAUCUUCGCCGUCGUCGCUUCGAAUCCACUAACUGGAAAUGCUAAGUGGCCUUGGCAAGUAGGAAAAGAAUACGUCUAUGAUGUUAAUACUUACACCUGGACCAAGUUCGAGAAUAGCCACAGCAAUGGCAACGCUUUCAAGUCUCAGUUCGUGAUCCGCGUCCAGGCUCCUGGACAUCUUCUGGCUAAAUUACAUAACCCCUUACACGCCCAGAUUCAAGGAGUGCUUGAUAUCAACGAGGUUCCCUCUGACUUGAAAUACGAACCCAUUUCGAAAAUCGACGAGGUUUUCGAAAUUCUCGUUGAUGGAGGUCGAGUGCUUUCUCUGAAAGUACCUUCUAGCCUAUCAUCGGCCAAUGAGAACAUACUCAAAGGUUUAAUCAGUGCCCUCCAAGUCGAUCUAUCUACAUUUGGACAUGUGAACAAUUUCCCCAACAGCUUCGACAAAAAUACAUUCCAGGGCCUAUUCAAGAAAUCGGAAGCUGAUGUCACAGGCGACUGUGAAACUUUAUAUUCCAUUUCUCCAAUUUCUGUGGAAGUACGCCGUAACUUGCAAUCGUUUGCUGAAGACCCCAUCGAGAUCACUAAAAGCAAGAACUACAAGUCUUGCAAAAAACGGGUUGGUUUUGCUAUUGGUGUCCCAGAGGGAGCUAUCUGGAAUGGACUCGCUUAUGAAAACGAUGAAAGACCGUUCAUCAAGCACACUUCUGAGUCACGCAUUCAUGCUGGUAAACAGGGAACGAUCUACAAAUCGGAAACGUUAGACACUGUAUUCGUGAAUCCUCUCUUGUUUGGAAAACAAAAGGCUGAAGUCUACAGUUACGUUGGACUUGUUUUGGCUUCUAUCGAGGCGGUAGGGAAUACUGAAUGGCCAAAACCCGGAAAGGUCCGUGUAGUAAACUCACUUUUGUCAUCCGAUGACUCUGAGAUAUUCUUCAAAGUUACCCCGGAAAUCAUUGAUAAUGCCCAUAAAGUUCUCCAAGAAAUUACUCUUCUAGUGCAGGAUCCUCCAAAUUUGUCCAAAGACAAUUUGCUGUCAAAGUUUAAUGUCCUAGUUCGUUUCAUAAUGUUAAUGAACUCUGAACAAUUAACUCAAAUGACUGACAGCAUUGAGGAUUCUAAAACUUCGAAUAAUGCAGAAAAGAACAAAAUGUGGAUUAUCUAUCGUGACGCAGUUGCACAGGCAGGUACUAUAGCUGCAUUUAAGAAAAUUAAAUCGUGGAUCGUUACUAAAAAAAUUCAAGGCGAAGAAGCUGCUGAAGUUAUAGCAUCUGUACCUGGCAGUCUAAGUUUUUCGAACAAGGAAAUAAUGAAUGAGUUUUUGGAACUUGCUCUAAGCCCUGAAGUUGUGGAACAAAGGUACCUUAACAGUUCUGCUUUACUGGCCGCUACUAAAUUCAUUCGCUCUGGAAACGAGAACCAGUUCGUAGUUGAAAAAGUUAUCCCACGGCUUUCCGCAGAACUAAAAAAAGCCAUCGAAGUCGAUGAUAGCAGCAGGGCUCAGGUUUACAUUAGAACUCUUGGCAACUUAGCUCACCCUGAUAUCUUAAAGGUUUUUGCUCCCUACUUUGAAGGCCAAGUCACUGUUACCAAGUAUCUUCGUACACAAAUGGUAAUUAGCCUGAAAACUUUGGCUAACAAGAAGGACGAAUAUGUUCGCGCCGUACUCUUCAGCAUCCUGAGAAACACUGCGGAACCAUACGAAGUCAGGGUCGCAGCGGCUCUGAACAUCUUCUUAGCUAUCCCCACUUCAGAGAUGAUGCAAAUUAUGGCACAUAUGACUAAUGAUGACCCAAGCGUCCAAGUUCGUGGUGUAAUAGCAACCAGUAUUUCUUUUGCAGCUAAUUUGAAGGACCCACGUUUUGCACAGCUCGCCAAAACCGCUCAAGCUGUUUUGAGUAUCGUAUCUAAGGAAAAAUUCGGGUACCGCGCCUCUGCCGACAGUAUUAUUGAUGACUACACUUCCAAUGAUGACCUGGCCCACUUCAGGGAAUUGUCCUUUAUUGGUAGUGCAAAUGAUUUCUUCCCUAAGUACCACAGGACUGCUCUUAGAUUAAGAGGCACUGGGUUAACCGAAGAAGACUGGAUCACAAUGUCUACUUCUGACGUACAAGACCUAUCCAAUUACCUACAGAUUCCUCUAAGGACGAACAAUUUUCCUACAGAUUCUUUCGUAAAAUUCCCUGCCAAGAAAGUAGCCACAAAACUUAACAUCACUCGUGAACACGACCCUAUUGAAGGUGCAUUCUUCAUUGACAAUUUGAACCAGCAAAGACUAUUCACUUUCGGUCAAAAAGACCUCAAUUUCCUCUUCUCAGAUGUUCAAGAAAAAGUUCAACGACUGAUAAAUGGUGACAAGUAUGAAUAUACUAAGUUUAUAAAUGCCAAACAAGUUGUAGUGACCUUUCCUCUCGCUUCUGGAAUGCCAUUUGUUUACAAAUACAGUGAACCAAUUUUCUUCAACAUUAAAUUCCAGGCAACUUCUGAUUUCACGUAUAUAUUGGCUCUCUCUUUAAACCAGAAUAUUAAUUUCACUUAUCUAAGAAAUUUGGACGGCAAAGUCGGUUUCUUAGACACUCUCUCUGGAGUGUACGCUGGCAGUGGUGUUAUCAAUAAGUUACAAUACUUUAUCCCUGUCAAUGUUACAAUCAAACCAAAAUCGACUGAAAUUACAUUCGAAUUUUAUCUUCCGGAAAAAGAUAUUAACCUUAUUCACAUGAGUGUAUUUCCCUACACAUCUCUGCAAAAACUGCAUUCUGCAUUGGCAGUAUCUGAAGACCCAUCCACGAAAGUCAUUAAACGCUCUACUACAGUUCUGGAUACUGACAUAAAUGUUGGCGAGUCGGCUGGUGUCAGCCUUAACCUGAAAGGACACUCAUAUUCCAAUGAUUUUAAGAAAAAUAUUUUCGCUUCUGACAUUUUGACAAACGUUCGCAACUUGUUGUACCAGAAUGACAUUGCUUGUACACAUUUUGAUUUGAAAUACGUAGCUAAAGACACUAAGAACAAAAAACUUACUUCUACUGUAUUGUUUGAGACUUUAUUUGGUCACGAAGGAGAUGAUGAAUUAAAGCCCGCUGGCCAUUUCACUAGUCUUGCAGGCGAUAGUCCAAAUCGACGUAAAAAGCUGGCUGAUCAGGUGGCGUCAAAAAUAAAAUCUGCUAAAGUUCAAAUUAUUGACUUUAGUGCUGUGUUUGACGGGCACGACAAAAAAGAGUUUCUUUUUACCGCAGCUUUAGCUAGUAGCCCAGUUGAUAAGAAAUCCCAAUUCAUUGUGUAUGCCAAAGGUACUGAACAAAUUAAUGCCGUUUUCAAAAUAGUCAAGCCUAAGGUUAUUCCAAUAAACUUUGAAAGGGCUCUGGAAAACGAUAUUAAAGUUCAAUAUGAAGCCGACUUCAAGUACGGAAACUCUGAAAACAUAAUUUUCAAAGGUAUUGGUGAACGUAGCAAGGAAUACACUGAAAGAUUAUCCAAUGAUCCUUUAGCUAAGAAAUGCCUGCAAGAGACCAGCAACAAGAACUUCUACCAGAAGGAUUGUCACAAAAUGAUCAUCAAGGCACACGCACCUGACUACUUCAAGGGUACUGUGACAUACAAAGAUGUUAACCCUGUGCUGUUGAAUGCCACCUACAGAAUAUACAAUAUUUUCAAACACUUUACGACUUGGGAAGAGGACGAGGACCUGCUGAAAGCUACCGAAGAUGGUAAAGUAGAAAUUGAAGCGCAGGCGUUCUACUACGAUAACUACAUCAACUACAAAUUCAACACCAAGUAUGGGGAGUUCCGCAUGAACAAUGUCGAGGGACGUUCCUACUACCCCUACGCUAUGGCUAUCUACACACCCAUUACCAACUGGGAGCGUUCCUACAACUGGUUCACUGGCUACCAAUACUUGCCUUUCUGUACUGUGGACGACAACAAGAUCUCGACAUUCAGCGGCCGUAGCUAUGACUACAGUCUGACCGGAUCCUGGCAUGUGGUUAUGGUAGACGAAACUGGAGAUAGUAGCAACGACCUUGCUAUUCUAGUUAAGAGGUCCAUUGAAAAUAACACAGAGGUCUACGUUUCUUACCAAAAUAACAAGGGUAUAUUUUUGGAGAUUGAAAUCACGUCGAAGUCAGUCAAUGUCAAGAGUAACGGAAGAAAAAUCUCCGACGAUGGCGUCAUUACCUACUAUGAUGAUAUCUACAGGAUACCUCUAUUGGAAUACUAUCAUGUUGACGCAGAGAACUAUCAAGUGUACAGCAUGCACAAUGGGCGUAUUCGGCUUAUUUACGACGGCCACCGACUUGUUAUCUUCUCUGGAUUCUACCGCAGCACCACCAGAGGUCUUUGUGGACAGAGCACUUCCCAACCCAGCGACGACUACAUGACUUCUUACGGUCUGGUGGAUCUCCCUGAACAUUAUGGAGCCUCCUUCUCUUUGGAAGGUGCAGACAGUGAUCUUAAGACCGAAGAGCUGAAGAAGGAAUCCAAACUGAAGGCAUACAAGCCUGUCACCCAGUACACCAACAUUCUCCGCUCUGAUGAUGAGUGGACCAAGGCCAUGCUCCAUUAAUGAACUGACUACAUAGAUUAAUUUAAUUGCGAUAUUAUAAAAAGAAUUAACGUCGUGUUCACAGAAAUAUAUCUGUAAUACAUUAAUGGUAUUUUCUUACUUGAAAUCUGAUUGAUACAAUGUAGUGCCUUUGUAACCAUUUAUGAUUAAAAAAUAUAUUUUGAUAUGUGUAUCGUAUGUAUAUUCAUAUGCAUGUCGUAAAAAGCGGUUAUUUUAAUAUUAUAAAC